AUGAAUUGCUGGUCUGCGCCAUUUGGUGGCAGCGGACAGAUCCCUUCGCCAGGCUGCCGCAGAGCUGGAGCUGCCGACGUGUGGUGGGCGUGUGAAGCGAAUCGCGUUUUCACACUGAAUCAGUUCCCGAACUGUAGAUACUCCUGCGAUGUGCAACAACAAUCGCUCUUACUUGAAAGCCAUCUCAAAACUCAUCACAAGUUUGAAAAUGGCAUGCAUUACUACAAAAUUCCGGAUUACAUGGCCGUCGUUGGGGGAAGAAGAUGCUCGUCGAAGGAUCAUGGAUGA